AUGGGCACAACCCUCUCCCCCUUCAGAUACCUCCAGCUCGCACGCUACUGUCUCACCCGCUGGGCAGACAACUUCCCCGCCUACCGCAAGUCCAAGACCGCACUCGCAAGGGCACACGCAAAGAGAUACCUCAAGCGUGCAGGAGAGGAGCGCAAGCGAUGGGAAGGCCUUGUAAAGGCAGGGGCAGUCGAGCCGUCAGAUAAAGAGUCCAAAACGUCGUUUGACGGCUCUGCAGCGCACGAUCGUGCCAGUGCCAAUCACGGCCAGGCGCAAGAUCCCCACGGCCACAACCACGACCCAAAGAAGGGCCACCCUCACCAGAACCACCACAAGCAUCAAUUCCCACAUUCACAUCGAUUCCCCAAACUCGCUCCCAAUCCGAAAUGGCCCCCGGGGCCAAAAGAGAUAUUCAACUUGAUGAACGACGAGCGGCUGUUUGUCAAGGGGGCAGCAAAGCCUCCUCGUGAAGUCAUCGUUCUCUGCCAUGGGCUAUAUGGAUUUUCCACUGCCACGCCUAUUCCACUCUUUCCUUCCCUCAAACUGCAUUACUGGGCGAGCGUAUUAGAAGUUCUAAGAGACAAGAUGGGCUGUGAAGUCGUCGUGGUCGGUGUCAAGGGCACUGGUUCCGUCCAAGAACGUGCCGACCAAAUGCACGAGUUUCUCAAGACAACCCUUCCCAAGGGCACUGGUGUCAACUUUGUCGCUCAUUCCAUGGGCGGUCUUGACUGCAGACACCUCAUCUCCAACAUCAAACCUUAUUCCUACACCCCUCUGUCCCUCACCACUAUCGGCACGCCCCAUAGAGGCUCCCCAUUCAUGGACUGGUGUGCUGCCAAUAUCGGCGUUGGUUCGGCCGCGGCGGUAGCUACUGCAGCCUUGACUUCUGAAAAGGUCAAGAACCUACCAUAUUCCCUGAAAUCGCCUCUGCUAUCGCGGCCCCCGCCUAUGGGCAGCGGCCAAAAGCCCGACGCCAUAUCCUCAUUUGCUGCCGGCCUCACAUCCUACCUCUUGUCCAUAUUCGACUCUCCAGCCUACGCCAACCUGACCACCUCCUACCUCCGUGACCAUUUUAACCCCGCGACGCCCGACUCGCCUUCAGUCAAGUACACCUCUGUAGCUGGACGGUGCAGCAAAAUGUCGGUGCUCCACCCGCUGUGGUUCCCCAAGCUCGUCUUGGACGCGGCGGCAGAGAAUGGCUAUGCGGAGGAUACGUCCAAUUUCGUCUUUGGGCCGGAUGGAAAGCCGCUUUAUGAAGGGAACGACGGGCUCGUCAGUGUGUCUAGCGCGAAAUGGGGAGAAUUCCUUGGCGCUGUGGACGAAUGCCAUCACUGGGAUCUCCGGGGUGAAGGUGGUCUCUUUCCCGGCAACUCUGCCAUCACGCUAGGCGACGACGUCAAGAAGGGUGAAGGCAAAAAAGCCGCGGGGUGGGAUCUUGAAGGCGAUCAGGACGGGUUCGACGAGCACCUGGGUCUGGCGGCAAAGGAAAAGAAGAUGAUGGAGUUUGAGCGCACAGAGAUGAAGAAGGCUGGAAAGGCCGGAGAGCAUGUCAAACCUUCGAAAGAUGGCGAGUCUUCCAUCUUGUCGCCUUCCACUUGGGACCUUGCCCAGGUCGGCCAAGUCGUCGACUGGGCGACAGAUUACCUGCCCGGGUCGGGCGACAAGGAAAAAACCGAAGUCGGCAAGAGACAAAUGGCAGCUGCCAAGCAGGAGAAGGAGGACGCAGAGAGGGAGCUGGAAGAAGGAGAGCCUGUGGAAAAUGGCAAGGCGAGAAAGGACCAGUUUGACCUGGAACGGUUCUAUGGGGGGCUGAUGUUGAAGUUGAGGGAUGACGGGUUUUAA